AUGUCGGAAGUCAACGGCGCUUCGUCGUCGGCAUCCAUUUCGGGUGCUUCUACCUCUGCCCACAGGACUGUUAAAAUCACGGUUGUCGCCGCUGAUGGGUUGUACAAGAAGGAUAUCUUUAGACUGCCUGACCCUUUUGCCGUCAUUACGGUCGACGGGGAGCAAACGCAUACCACAUCACCAGUAAAACGCACGCUGAAUCCAUACUGGAACGAGAGCUUUGACAUCUCCGUAACGAAUAGCAGUGUGCUGGCGGUCCAAAUAUUUGAUCAACGGAAAUGGAAAAAGGCGAAAGACCAAGGGUUCCUUGGUGUCAUCAACUUGAACAUGGCAAAUGUCUUUGACGUCAACACCGGUGGAGAUGAAAUGCUGACAUUGGACCUCAAGAAGGGAAACACGAGUGAUUUUGUCUCUGGAAAGCUGAUCGUAAAUCUCUCAACCGCCGAAGUCGUCGCUGGAAACGGAUCGGCGGCAAAUUCCGGUGCCACCUUGGCCCCUGCCCCAUUGGUAGGGCGCGCUCAGUCCGUCUCAUCCCACCGAACCUCAACCUCAUCAUACCAACCCAACGGCGUCGUCGCAUCGUCCGCGAGCUCCGUAGCCACACAACUACCAGUCCCCGAAUCCAACGCAAAACCACGGAGACCCUCAUUACACGCUCCUACAAACUCCACAUCUAGUGCGUCUUCUGCACGGCCGUCCCCCAGUGCGGCAUCCACUUCGGCCACUGCUAGUGCGGGGCCGGCGGCCGCGUCUACGGAAACUGUGACUGAGGAUUUACCGUCGGGGUGGGAGAGGCGGGUGGAUCAUUUGAAUCGGGUGUAUUAUGUGGAUCAUAAUUCCCGGACAACCACGUGGCGUCGUCCAAACGCCGCAGCACCACCGAGCAUGGCAGAUGUAGAAAGCAGUGGGCAAAACGAUAGAUUACCGGAAACGAACGGCGCCACUAUCGCUUCCUCGCUGGCUCCUACCAACAUUACCACACCCACGCCCGCGACUGCUGCAAGCUCAGCGGCUGCGCCUCCCACAACAGCUAACUACGGCGCCCUACCGAACGGAUGGGAGCAGCGCUUCACUCCGGAAGGCCGUCCAUACUUUGUUGACCACAAUACCCGCACAACGACAUGGCUGGAUCCACGUCGUUUGCAACAAAACCGCGGCGGUAGCGCAGGCCAACAGCUCACCUCCGGCCAAGCCGCGAACCAACUGGCUAUCGCCCAACAACAAGCCCUGGCGGCUCUGGGCCCUCUCCCCUCCGGCUGGGAAAUGCGCAUGACCAACACCGGGCGGAUCUACUUUGUCGACCACAACGCCAAAAUCACCACCUGGGACGAUCCCCGAUUACCCAGCAGCGUCGACGCGAACGUACCCCAGUACAAGCGCGAUUUCCGCCGCAAACUGGCCUACUUCAGGUCCCAGCCCGCCAUGCGUCCCAUCCCCGGCUCAUGCCACAUCACCGUCCGCCGUAACAACAUCUUCGAGGACGCCUACUCGGAGAUCAUGCGCUACCCCGCCUCCGAGCUCAAAAAACGGCUCAUGAUCAAGUUCCACGGCGAAGACGGUCUCGACUACGGUGGCCUCUCCCGCGAGUUCUUCUUCCUCCUCUCCCACGAGAUGUUCAACCCCGUCUACUGCCUCUUUGAAUAUUCCGCCCACGACAACUACACUCUGCAGAUCAACCCCAACAGCGGGGUGAACCCGGAGCAUCUGAACUAUUUCAAGUUUAUUGGACGCGUUGUGGGGUUGGCGAUCUAUCAUCAGCGGUUCUUGGAUACGUUUUUCAUUACGGCGUUCUAUAAGAUGAUUUUGAAGAAGAAGAUUGCCAUCAAGGAUAUGGAGAGUGUGGAUGCGGAGAUGUGGAGGAGUUUGGAGUGGAUGUUAAACAACGACAUAACCGACGUCCUCGACCUAACCUUCUCCGCCGAAGAGGAAGUCUUUGGCGUCGUCAAAACCAUCGACCUCAAACCCAACGGCCGCGACAUUGUCGUCGACGAGACCAACAAAGCCGAGUACGUCGAGCUCGUCGUCAACUGGCGCGUCGUCAAACGCGUCGCGGAGCAAUACAAGGCGUUCCAGCAAGGGUUCCAUGAACUCGUACCUCAUGAGCUGAUCACGGUGUUUGAUGAUAAGGAGCUGGAGCUGCUGAUUGGCGGGAUUGCGGAUAUUGAUAUUGAGGAUUGGAAGAAGCAUAGUGAUUAUAGGGGUUAUGUUGAAGGGGAUGAGGUUGUGCAGUGGUUCUGGAAGUGCGUAACCCAAUGGGACUCGGAGAAAAAAGCCCGCCUCCUCCAAUUCGUCACCGGCACCUCGCGUAUCCCCGUCAACGGGUUCAAAGACCUGCAGGGCUCCGACGGCCCCCGACGGUUCACGAUCGAGAAGAGUGGCGAGGGGGAAGGGUUGCCGAAGAGUCAUACGUGCUUCAAUCGGUUGGACCUACCGGUGUAUAAGAAUCUGGAGAUGUUGGAACGUAAAUUGACGAUGGCGAUCGAGGAGACGGUUGGAUUUAUGCAGGAGUAA